AUGUCUUUUAUAACGAAACGAGAGAGAGUUUUUAAUGAGUGCGAUCUUUACGAUCUGCCGUCGAGAAACGAAGGGAAGCUUAAGGCUUACGCAUCGUGCACAGACGCAAGAGCAUGGUCCCAUUUUUGUACCGACAAAACUGAACACCUUGUGGACAUCAUUAAGAGGAACAAUGAAACCUGUAGACCGAAGUACAUACCCACAGAUGUCAUAGUCAACACCUUGAUGGUCACAAAGAAUGUUGAAAUAAGUCGACUGAAACGUAAGAUUGAAGAAUUUGAACAAAUGUUAGCUGCUUAUGAUCACCUUGAGCUAACAUACGACCAGAAAUGUGAUAUCGCUAAUGCUCAUGCUGCAAUAAGAGCUGCAAGUAAAGAACUGGAUGAGAUGUGCUUGGAUUUGGAUUUAUCUGGAUUCACCGAGGGUAUUGACUCGGAAAGAUUUGUGACUGGAAAAUCUAGAGGACAUGAGACAAUCAGAUCUAUAGCAGAUGAGUGGGAAUCUACAAAAGCGAAACAGGAAACAAAAAGCAAUCAAAUUGGACAAGGAGAAAUCUCGCAUACCCGUGAUGCGUCCACUUCGGCGUCAGAUACUCGAUUAGAUGACUUACAAGAAACGAUUAUAAGAAAAGACGCCAAGCUCAAUGCGAUGCAAAAUAAAAUAGCCAUAGCCGGUAAAGAUAUCCGUGGGUUAGGCGUGAAAGGAAAAAUUAUUUUCAAAAUGAAAGUGUUGGAAAAGUUUUGCCUAGCUCUUAUUGCACCAUGCUCCCAAGAAUAUGAGAAAGCACCUUCAGUACAAGAAUGCUCCUGUUAUCGUGCUGAAGUCAUUACAACGUAUGCCCUUACGUCGGCUGAAACUGAAACUAAAAUUAAUAUUGAUGAUAGAAGGGCACAACUUGUUGCGGACAUCAUUGACAAUGACGAGAUGAAAGAGAUUUUAAGCAAAGAUAACAUAAUUAUUGAGAAAAGUAAUCCUGAACAAGUUGGCGAGAAUUUACUUGACACAGAUGGUUCAGGACCUGAAAAUCUCAAUAGAUUGAAAAGUUUACAGGCAAAUUUUGAUGAACUGGUAAACUGUUAUGAGAAUUUAAAAUACGAAAAGGAUUGUCUAUUCAUUCGAUGUCAAAAGUAUGUUGAACUAGAGAAAGAGUGUGAGUGUAUGCAGGAUCGACUAAGAGAAUAUAAUCAGCUUUGGAGUGAAAAGGAAUAUUACCGAAAGCGUUCAGAAGAUUUAGAUAUAUUGAAAGAGCGUUAUUAUAUAUUAACUGAUGAAGCGACUAACGUUGAGGCUAAACUUAAAGCGGAGUGUGAAAUUAAUAAAAUAAAAUGUCAAAAUAUAAGCUAUUUACAAAAUGAAAAUGUCGCAUUAGAAAGGAAAUUGCAAGACGUGACUUUACUAUCUGAAAAAGAGAAAAAUUCACUGAAUUGUAAAUUAAAGGAAUAUGAAUGUAAGAUUAUGUGUCAAGAUCAGCAAAUAAAAAGUUUAUCACUUCAAAUUGAUAAAUUUAUUGAACAAGGGCAUGAAGAGAUUGAACAUGAAGGAACAUCUAAGUCGGUAGAAUUGUUAGAUGAAAUUGAAACUCAAAAGGAGCAAAUAAGGAAUCUAAGACAAGCUUUAAUGUGUAACGAAGAAGAGAAACAAGUUCUUCAAGAUAAUUUCGAGGAAAAGCUUCAAAUUAUCAAUGACUUGAAAGCUGCAAUUGAACAUUGGAAGGAAAAGUGUGACAAACUCCUUCAUUCUAAUAUUUGUCUAGAAGAAUAUGCAAGAGAUUAUCAAAAUCAAAUUGAAUAUCUGCAAGAUCGGAAUCAAUUAUUAUCAAAAGAGUUAGAAAAUAAAACCGAAGCAUUUGAAAGCUUAAAAGAAGCUAUGAAUUCAAAAUCAAAAGAAAUACACUGUUUAAAUAAUGAACUAGAGGCUAAGGAAAGGAAAAACAUACAACUUUCAGAAGAUAUAAAAAUAAAUCGGAAUAUGUAUACAAAAAGCAUAGAAUCAUUUAAAAAUGAAAAUGAGAUUGCAAUAAACACACUUAAAGCAAAACAACGAGAAAGCCGCGAAAUACUAGACAUAAUCCGACAGCAUUUACAAAAUGAAUCGGAACCAAACCUGAAUAGUUUUGUUGAAAGAACUGACUAUUCAGAACAUGAAGAAGAAAAGGAAAUCGAAAACUCUGGACUCGUAAACGAAAUAAAUAAUUUACAUAAUAUAAGUAUUCAUAGCCUUCAUACUUUGUUGGAUGAAAAUGUACAUUAUAAAGAAACUCUCGAUAUAUCUCGACAGAAAAGUGAAAAUCUAGAGAGAAAACUAAGUGACUUCCAAAAUCUGAAUCAGGCUUUCAAUGAACUCAAGAAUUCCUAUGAACUCCUUCGCUCUGAAAAACAUACACUCGAGGAAGAAUUAAAAUUGAAAAACUAUGAAUUGGAUGAUUUAAUCAAUUCAUUUCAAUUGACAAAAAAGGAAAGCGAAGAACUUAAUCAACGCCUCAAUGAAACCGAAGAUCUCAAAGAAAAUUUUGUAAAAAUUAAUGUUUUGUACCAAAAACUUGUUAAUGAGCGAAGCGUGUUACAAAAUGACCUAAAACACACUACAGUGGCACUGGAAAACACAAAACAAUACUUAGAUGAUUGUAAACAAAAUAAUGAACAAUUAAUAUUAGAAAAUCGUCGUUUAGUAGAUUUAGAAAGAAAAUUAAAUAGUUUAAAAGAAGAUUAUGAAAACGUAACUGUUGAAAAACAAGAACUGAUGAAUAAUAUUGCCAAUAAGAAUCAGGAAGUUAAUCAUGCGUAUUGUGAAUUAGAGAAUAAAACGUUAGAGAAUAAGAAUUUAUCGAACAAAAUAGAGGCCUUACAACAAAAAGAUAUUAAUGCGGAAAAUAGUAUUUCGAUUCUCAAGGAUGACAUCACGCUAGUUAGGAAAGAAAGUGAGGAAUUCAAAGAAAAAAUAAUGUUCCUGGAAAACAUACAAGCAGAAUUUAAUAAUUUGAAACUAACGCACCAAAACAUGUUAUUGGAGAAGGAAAAAAUUGAAUAUGAAUUUGAAGGUUUACAAAAACAUUUACAACAAAUUUCAGAAGACAACCGACAACUGACCCAACACAAGCUAGAUUUGUUAAGUCAAUUAGAAAACUUGGAAAAAGCUCUCAUAAAUGCACAAAAUGCGUUAAAGGAAAGCUCAAAAACACCCCAGGUUAUGUUAGAAGAAUUAAAAAUAGAAAUUGAUACCAUGAAAAAAGAGAAAAUUGUAAAUCAUAAAAAAAUCAGAGAACUGUUUGACAAAUUAGAUGAAUCGGAUGCACUAAUAUCUAAUUAUCAAGAAGAUAUAAUUAACAGAGAUAGCAAAAUUGCUACUUUGCAAAACUAUAUUAACAAAUUAGAAGAAGAAGUAGCUCGUCUUAAUGAAGAUAUGGCUCUAGCUGUUGACUCGAGCGAGCAAAUUUUGAAUAAUAGUCGUCAAAGAAUUGAUGAAUCAUUAAAAAUAUUGGAUGCCCAUCACUCUAAGGCAACUCAUAAUAUGAAAAUGGAAUUAACACAUUUGAAAAAUAAUAAUUUGUAUUUGGAAAAUAAGCUAUCAACAACAAAAAUUAAAUCAGAAGAACAUUCACAGGAGAAACAGAAGUUUAUAGAACAGUUAAAUGACCUGCAAAGCGAAAGACGCAUUAUUUUACAUAAUGUUAAAGAUUUGGAAGUCACUUGUUUUGAGAAUAGUAGUUUAAAUGAUGAUAGUUGUACAUUGGAUGAUAUUAUUACAUCAUUGAACAGAAUACGACAGUGUAUCGAAUUUAAACAUUCCAGAAGUACAUCUCUUGAACAAAAAUUGCUUACUGUACAAAACUCUUCUAGAUUACUUUUAAGUAAAGCUGAUGAGGCAAAACGGAUCGUAGAGAAUGAAAAACAAAAGAUCAUAGCUGAGAAAGAAGAAGCGGUAAAGGAACGUUUAAUUAUGGAAAAACAGUUAAAUGUUUUGGAAACGAGAUUACGAGAUCAGAUAUCAAAGGAUCAAGAUAUUAUUAAGGAUUUAGAUGCAAAAAUAUUAAAUCAAAAAUUGAUGUUCGAAAAGAUAGAUGAAGUUAGACAAGACUUUAUAACUAAAUUGCAAGAUGAAAUUAAAAAUCUUGAAGAGUUAUAUGAAAAUUCUCAUUCAAAGAUGAAAGAUUUACAAGAAAAGGCUUUUAAUUUGUCUGAAGAAAAUAGUAAAAAAGUUGAAGACGUCGAAAUCGUGACUAAGAACUUAGAGAAAAAAACAAAAGAAGUCGCCUAUCUUCGUAAAUGUGUUGAUGAUUUAAGAAAUAAACCCCAACAAAGUUCAGAAACACAAACGAUGACAUUUAAAAAAGGAGAUCAGACAUGUCAAACUGAUAUCUUGAAAAAAGUUGAUCAAGAAAUACAUAAUGUUGCUUUAAUAAAAAGUGAUAUAUCCAAAUUACCUGAUACUGAUCGUCAAUUUUUACGAGAAAUAAAAGAGCACAACGAAAAUAUUAAAAAUAAUGCUGAAUUACCCUUAACUUAUUCAAAUUUAGAUUUUAUCAAAAGAACAUAUCUAAAUUAUAAAAUUAAGCGUCUGAGUCCAACAAAAUUAGAACAAUGUACUAUAUCGGGCAACAACAGCGAAGAAAGUUCGGGUAAAAUUCAAGAAAUAGAACCGGUGCCAGAAACCAAAACAAAUGUUAUCAGUGAUAUUGGCAAUCAUCACAAAAUCAUUGACAUAUACAAUACACAUUCGAUAUUCACACAUAACACUGGAUUUAGCAGCAAGAGCCCAGGUGUAGAAUCUAUAGUUGACUUGUCUAAUGAUCACUUUGUAAAUGAAAACAGAAUUGAAGUUAAAAAACAGGAGAAAUCUAAAUCGAUUGAAUGCUCUGUUCACUCAACUGAUAAUGAUUUAUUUCUUAUAUACAAAGAUAGUGACUUAGAUAAUUCUGUAUCUAAUGCUAAAAAUUCAUGGCCUAACCAGCAUAACUCGAAUUUCAUUGUUGAAUCUAAGAACCUCCUGUUAGAAAAAGAUAAGUCGAGUAUAAAAAUAUUUAGUGGUGAUAUAGAACAAAAUUAUUCAGCUAGUAAUCAAGAAGAUGAUAGUGUUAAACCAAAACUAACGUUAAGUUUACCUAGAGUAGGUACAGAAAGCUUUUCGGGAAGGACUAAUUUAGAAAGUGAUAAUAAGUCAGUGGACUCUUGCACUGUGGCUAUUUACGCUUCUCCAGAGACGCAGUCAGAUAUAAACUUAACCGACUCUCAAAGUAACAUUGAAGAAAUUACUUACAAUUUACCAGAUAAUAUAAUUCUUAAUAAACGCGGUAAUCACAACAUUCAUCGUCAAAAGAGCGGAUUACCUACAGAAAAUGAUUUCGUAAAUAAAGAAUUUGAACCAAAUGAACACAAUAAUAACAUUUAUAAAAAGAAGAGAGAAAAGAAUUACAAGCAAAAAAAUGUAAAAACUUUAAAUAGUCUUAACGACGAAAUCAAUAUGAUAAAAGAAAAUUAUGAAGUCAUAAAAGGAAAUGAAUUGCCAAAAGACGUAUUUAUAGGGACCGACGUUACUAACAAAGAACAAGCUCCUCCUGAGCAAAGUGUGAUGGCUAAGCUCGAUAGCAGCCAAGAAUACGAAAAUAAAAUUAAAGAGCUAACUGUAGCGUUAGAUACCAUUGAAAAACAUUACAAAAUGAAAAUUGAAGCCGUAAAAGCUCAGUAUGACAAUAAUAUUAAAAAUAUAAUUAAUGAACAUAACCAAGGCGUUGAAAGCAUACAAAACUUACACGAAGAAACACUUCAAGAUGUGAUACGCAGUCAUGAAAAUGAAAUAGAGAAUUUGAGGACAAUGAGCAUAGAAGCGAUGCGUAAAGUCGAACUACUAGAAAGGGAAAAUAAUUUACUAAAAAUGAAAAUUGAAUACCAGAAUGAAACACGAGAGGAGCCGGUCAAAAUUACUGCGGACAGCAGAAAACGAAAGCACAGGAGAAGCGAAUCCAAAAUGUUAACUACUACAAAUAUAGAGGCUUUUAAUGUCAGACCCAAGCCUCGGUCCCACGGACCCUGUACUUGUACACUAGACACUAACCUUUCUGAUACUAUUCGGACAAUAUUUGAGAAAGUAGAUGACGAUCAAAGACGCAUGGGAGAGCAAGUCUAUACGAAAUACAUUGCUGAUAAAAUUGUUAAUGGCAAUGUUGACGCACUGGAUGUGCAAGAGUUGGCCUUCCUACAUCUUAAAGUAUGUCGCACUUGGAAGUGUAAGAUAAGUAAAGAAGAAGUCCUUCAAAAGCGCAUUGACUGCUUGGAAAGCGAAGUACUGAAUAAGCAACGGUUGACCAAGAAACAUUUAGCAGAUUUGGAUCGCAAAGUGGCAGAAGAGAGGCGAAGACUUGAAGAGGUCCGAGAAGCAGUUUGCAGGAAUACACCAGCUGAUUCUCGCGACAUCAGCCCGCAGUCACACCCUGCAGUGCCAGAAAAGGACGUCUGUAAAUGCUGUUCGACGUCGUGCAACCUCGAGUUGGUAGAGCAUCUGUCUGCUGGUGACUUAGCAGCGAGUCGUGCUUCCUCAACGUUGCGACCAAGGCGUAUGAAACAAGAGAGCAACAGGGCGGUGUCAGCUAAACUGGAUCUAACAGAACGCAAAGAAAAGAAACAUUACCACGAACACGAGCAUCCUAUCCGUUUGCGGCGUUCACACGACCGAACGAACAAACAUAAGAAGUGA